CGUACAAGCAGUAGUACUGCAUGAACACACGUGCUAGCCUGGCCAGUCAGCCAGCUAAUAUACCAACACAUCUCACACAAGAGGAGCAGGCGCGGAGACAUGUUGAGCUGCAUGCAGCUUACUAUCGUGACCAGAUGCUUGAAAAUGUCGAUGAAGUAGGGCAGAUGGCUACGGAUAGCAUGCCGGCCCAGGGCCCAUAUCGCAAGACAUUCCAGAAACUUUUGCAACAAUUCGUGGCAAAGAAGUUCAGAUGCGGUAGAGGCGACGACGUUGUCACUGGAGCAUACAUGCCGGUAGCGAGGUCAGCCAGACCAAGUGCGGCGCCGUCGUCCAGACCGAGCGAGGCGCGUACGAGCCAUGAGCAAUGGGGGGAGGGUCCAAGUACUAGAAUGACAUUGCCACGACAUGACUCAUCUCUGCCACUGCAUUGCUCUUCUUCGAUGCAGCUUCGUCAGGGGCAGACAUCUCAGGACCAUGGCACGGGCUUGGAUUCGAUGCCUGAGCAGUUUCUUUCCCCUAACCCAUAUGCGUACACAGGAUAUGAUGCAUACACCCAAGGUGAGGGAUCUCAGCCGUAUCUCUCCACGCGAGGGAUCCCCAUGCCCGAGGAGACUCGUGUACCAGAUUUAAACCAGCACAACGUACAAUGGCCAGACAGUAUAGGAGAGGGAUAUGCUCAGGACACACCUGAUGUUAAUUGGGGCGAUGAGAACACCCAACGCGGCGUCAACAUAGGCCUCCGGGGAGCAUCACAUGAUCUUGGCGACCCGGUUACAUCAUUAGUUACAGAGUUCUUCGGAGGGGACGUUAUUGGCCCAUCUUUUAUCCCCGCGGAGUCACAACCAUACGCCUACAAUUACGCUUCAGGUUCGCAACAAGGAUUCGCGACUCCACCACCUACGCAGGACUCGCAGACACAUGAAGCCGAAUUGGAGUACGGCCGCGGUCUUCGUGCAACGCUUUCCCCUCAAUAUUUUAGAAGGACUGCAGAAAAGCAUCCAUUUUUAUGGACUGAGGAGAGCGAGGACGAAGAUGAUAUCUUCAUGCCGCCGCUUCCGGGUUCUGCAUCGUCAAAGGGCAAGAGUUCUGCAUCGUCCAAGGGAAAGAGUACUGCAUCCUCGAAGGGCAAGAGUUCUUCAUCGUCCAAGGGUAAGAGUUCUGCAUCCUCGAAGGGCAAGAGUUCUGCAUCGACGGAGGAUGACGAUGAUGCCUUCAUGUAG